GAUCCAGUUGUUUGAAGAGGAGAAAGAUCGGAGGAAGAAUGAACCUAGAAAAGAAACGAUGAGAUAUUGGAGAAGAUUGGCACCUCUUCUACGUUCGUCUCCGAACCGUUUGUGUGAUCGACGGUCUCAGUUACAGGUAACCGCCAGAUCGACCCGAUCCUUCUAUUUUUUUCGCCAUGCUAGCUUUCCCUUUGGAGGACAGUCCUCUCUUGCGUUGCCAUCACUACGAUUUGCGAAUCGAAGCUUUUUCUUCUGAGAUUGAAAAGAGGGUUGUUACAAGCUAUCUCCACUCAUAAAAAGACCUUUCAACCUCUUCAAAUCACAUAGAAAUCCCUCUUUCAAAAAUUGUUCACCCACACCAUCCCUGACUUUACCAGACACACUAAAACCCUUCUUGCGCAUAUCAUCAACCAAUUUCCAAAAGUGAUCAACCUCUAAAUUGAGACCCCAGAUAAAUAACAUCUGGUUGCAGUUAUCAGACGAAAUUUAGUGCUAAAAGUGAUAUACAGAAAGAGAUGGAUGAUGUUAUAAUCACUAAGGAGUUGAUCCUCAAUGUUCUGGAAGAACUUGAAUCAAGGCCUAAGAUUGCUCAGAGUUUUUUUCAGUGGAUUUGGGAAUUUUAUCCAAAGGAAAUUUCGUCUGAUAACUGCAACCAGAUGUUAUUUAUCUGGGGUCUCAAUUUAGAGGUUGAUCACUUUUGGAAAUUGGUUGAUGAUAUGCGCAAGAAGGGUUUUAGUGUGUCUGGUAAGGUCAGGGAUGGUGUGGGUAAACAAUUUUUGAAAGAGGGAUUUCUAUGUGAUUUGAAGAGGUUGAAAGGUCUUUUUAUGAGUGGAGAUAGCUUGUCCCGCAUGGUUUCCAGAGAAUUUAUGAACAGCGCUGGUAUCCCCGAAGUGCUUUUAAAUUUGGAACACGAGUUCAGCGCUGGUACCGUGAUGUUGACCUUGGAAAGGCUCUGCCAACAUCCGGAGAAAGCCUUACUGUUCUUUAGGUGGGUUGAAGAUCGUUGUGGAUUUACACACGAUAGUAAGACGUUUAACUCUUUGGCUAACAUUUUAGGAAGAGAGACUUCACUCGGUUCUUUUGAGAAGGUUGUUACCGAAAUGAAAGCUUUUGCUUAUCAGAUUGAUGUUGCCACCUAUGAGCGGGUAUUCUCCAUUUAUAUACUUGCUAAUAUGAUUGAGGAAGCAGUAAUUCUUUUUGAGUUUGCCAUGUCAGGAAGUAACAAGCCAGCAUCAGAUUUUCCUGAACUCCUUCACAAAGUCUUGAUGACUUCUGAUGUGGUACCUUUAGCAAGAUUAUUGAACUCUUUUAGGGAUAACGGGUUCAUAAUCUCCCCUGAAGCUAAGCAGUUUGUAGUUCUUGGUCUGAAAAACAUUCGACAAUCUUAUGCCUUGCUGACAAACGUUCAUGAAGGUAAGCAGUAUGCUUACAAAGAUUUUAUGCACUUGAAGAACCUCUUAUUACAAAGAAAACCUAGUCAACAAUCAAUCAAUGAGCGAAUUGUGGAAGACAACACUGAUAGUGCUUCCCAAAAAACCAUUGAAGAUGAUGUUCCUUUAAGAAAAAUCUUCGACUCUAGAUCUGUUGGUAUCAAACGUUCCAUGAUACCAACCUCGUCGUAUAUUGUGUUGAGAACACUACAGUUUAAAGGUUUUCAUUCUUAUUUGGUUGGUGGUUGCGUAAGAGAUCGUCUUAUGAGUAGAAAACCUCGAGACUUUGACAUUGUUACAACAGCAUCCCUUGAUCAGGUUGAAGGUCUCUUUUCAGAAGCUUCAACUGUAGGAAAAGCGUAUCCUAUAUGUCAUGUGUAUAUUGGGAAAACACUGAUUGAGGUCUCCGCUGCAGUCCCCGCUGCAGAAGCAGAAGAAAGCACAUCUGAUGAUAUGGCUUUCUCCGUAGUAGUACCUUGUAGCUGGGAUGAGGUGGACACCAUUCUCUACAAAAACAGCCAGAAACGCGACUUCACGGUUAACAGUUUGUUUUUGGAUCCAAUCAACUUCAAACUUUAUGACUUUAACCGCGGUAUUGAGGACAUAAAAUCCCGAAUGAUUCGUACAGUGAUCGAUGCAAAUCAAUCUUUCAAUGAAGAUUGUGUUAGAAUUUUAAGGGGGUGAGGAUUGCAGCGCGUCUGAAUCUAUCCUUUUCUGACGAGAUUGAAACUGCUAUCCCCAACUACAUAAAUGCAGUGGCUUCUUUAAAUCAUCCUAGGCUGAUGAGAGAGAUGCACUUCCUGCUGUCGUAUGGUGCUGCGGUGCCAUCCAUCAAGUUGCUGAAGAAACUGAAGCUUCUUCAUAUUUUACUACCAUUCCAAGCUUUUUACUUGGAUAAAUGUGAAGAAUGGG